GAAAUGUGACGAGGCAACGCUUUCAGCUUGCGAAUUUGUGAAAUAAUCGUAGAUUUGUUCGAAGGUUUUGUAAAAAAGGAUUAGCCAUUGGAUGACGACGAUUUUUUUGCUUCUUGAUGUCUUUUACGCAAAUGCUCGUGCAAAACUUGGAAAACUUUGAAACAUCUGGAUUAUUUGGAAUCAAAUACCACUCACAUCUUCUAAUGCAAACGCCGAAAACACGUACGCGACCGGCUAUGCAGACCUUGUCAAAUGUGAAGUCACGAGCGGCUCCAGCAAGAACAGAACUGUACGUCAGCGACACAAGUCCACAACAAACAACUCCUGGUGUGGAUCGCGGGCGACAGGAGGCUGAAGCGGGCCAAGCUGGACGUCUCAGUAAACUUGAGGGAGGCGUUGGACGACUCCAUGAAUUCGACUGAAGCCUACGAUCAAAAAAACCUGGUACCAGCGUCACAGUAAUCCACGCAUCAAUUUAUGUGAUAGAUUUGUAUUUGUAUGUAAAAUAUAUUAGAGCUUUUAUAUCACGGGUGGCCGUAUCUUAUAUAUAAAGCUGAAUGUCUGUUUGUCUGUCUGUCUGUCUGUCUGUAUGUAUGUAUGUAUGUCUGUGUGUACGUAUGUUCCGAAUAGAAAAUUCCAUUUCUGAACCGAUC